CCAAAGUUCUCCAUGCUUUGCCGACGAUGUCAUGGCGAUGUCGGCAGAUGAUAAAUAAUAAGACAUAGGAUGAACCCGAGGCUGGCGAAGUGGAUGCUGCGAUCGACUCCAAACAACAUCAAACAUCCCGCAGUCAUGACCGACCAGACCUUCACCCUCAACACCGGCGCUAAAAUUCCAGCAUUGGCCCUGGGUACAUGGCAGUCCGAGCCAGGCCAGGUGAAGGAUGCCGUUGCUCACGCGCUCAAGGUCGGAUACAAGCACAUCGAUUGUGCAUUUGUAUAUGGCAACGAGAGUGAGGUCGGCGAGGGGCUGAAAGCUGCCUUUGAAAAUGGAGUGAAGAGAGAGGAGAUAUUUGUGACCUCCAAGUUGUGGUGUACAUAUCAUCGCGACCCAGAGAAGAACCUGGACGAGGGCCUCGAAAAACUUGGGCUGGACUAUGUGGACUUAUACUUGAUGCAUUGGCCGGUCCCCAUGAGCGCGCAUGGCAACCAUCCUCUAUUUCCAAAGCAUCCGGACGGCUCCCGAGACUUGGACACGGAGUGGCCGCAUUGGAAGACAUGGCAGGCGAUGGAGAAGCUGCUCAAGACUGGCAAGACCAAGGCCAUCGGAGUGUCGAACUACAGCGUCAAGUUCUUGGAGGAGCUGCUACCGCACUGUCAAGUCACCCCCGCUGUGAAUCAGAUUGAGAAUCAUCCCUAUCUACCACAACAAGACAUCGUCGACUUUUGCAGAGCAAAGGACAUCCUCAUCGAAGCGUACAGCCCGUUAGGUAGCACCGGAAGUCCACUUUUUCAAGAGAAUGUUGUGCAGGACAUUGCGAAGAAACACAGUGUCGGGCCGGGAACCAUCCUGCUGAGUUAUCAAGUGAGCAAAGGGCAUGUUGUGUUGGCGAAGUCGGUCACGCUGUCGCGCAUUGAGGAGAACAUGAAGAUCCUCAAGCUCGAUCGUUCGGAAGUCGAGACAUUGGACCAGAUCCACAAGAGCAAGGGGACGACAAGAUAUGUCUAUCCACCAUUUGGCGUCAAUCUCGGGUUUCCAGACAAGCAGUAGGAGCUGGUGGCGGGUGCGCCCUUGAGCCGUGGCUAGGGUUGUGUAGCGUUCGAGCAUUGCCAGAAUAGAAUAGAAUGCGAUCACAGGAGUAGAAGAGCUGUGCAGUCCGCACAUCCGAUACCGUGACCUUUGAGAGGGUACACAUCUCAUCCAUCCCUCUCGCGAACAGCUCGAGUUUCGGCUUGGAGGAGCUCGUCGAGGCCUUCGUUGCGCCGCCCUAGCAACAGCACGUCUUUGCAAUUAAUGGUCGAGCGUGUAGAAUGCUUUGCAAAGGCCUCGAGAUCGCGGGCGACAUUGUCGAUCUGGGCCCACACCAUCUCACUGAGGCCGCCGAUGAAGUGAGGACUGGCGUUGAUGUCUUGGGAGAGACCGACGGAGUCCACGAUCUGGCCAACGGCAUACCAGAGCGCGGCUUUUAGCUUUUCGUCCUUGGUGCUCUCUUCAGCUUCUGCCGCGGACAUGAUUGAUGGUGAGUGAGUAUUGUGAGAGGAAAGUGGCGG